AUGGUGACGACGAUAAUUUCGCCAUACUUGCUGGUAACACUACUUAUCCUGAAAGCUGAUCCAGGAUGUGCCAUGGUGGCGAAGGAGGCGCGGGCGGCGCCGGCGAGCGAGCGCCCGCCGGACCCCGAGCAGCACCCGUCGUGGCGCUUGCUGGAGCACGCCCGCUGCGGCCUCAGCGCCGCCGACCGCAUCAUCGGCGGCAAGAACGCCGCGCUCGGCGCCUACCCGUGGAUCGCUCGCAUCGGAUACAUCAGUACGCCCUCCCCGAAGGCGGUGUUCCGGUGCGGGGCGGCGCUCAUCAGCAGCUACUACGUCGUGUCUGCGGCGCACUGCGUCGCCAACCUGCCGGGCGGGCUCGAGGUGGGCCUGAUCCGGCUGGGGGAACACAACACACGCACCGACCCCGACUGCGAGGACGGCGUGUGCGCUGAACCCGUGCAGGACUUCCGGCCGUCCGAGGUGCUGAUGCACGCCGACUACGACCAGUCACCCUUCAAGCACGACAUCUCCCUCAUACGCCUGGACAGGGCCGUCAGGUUCCACGAUUUUGUGAUGCCAAUAUGUAUGAUCCAUGGAAAACUGUUAACAAAGAACUACGUAGGAGAACCAACAGAAGUCGCUGGAUGGGGAGUUUUUGAUAUCGAGGACCCGCGGCCGAGCCCCAUCCUGCAGACGAUCACGCUGCGCGUCGUCUCGAACGCGGAGUGCGCGCCGCGUUUCGAGAUGUACGCCGAGGUGGGGCCGACGCAGAUGUGCGUAGGCGGCGUCGUGGGGCAGGACUCGUGCGGCGGCGACAGCGGCGGCCCGCUGAUGAAGGUCGAGGCGGUGGACGGCCCGCCGCGCUACUACUUGCUCGGCGUCGUCUCGUUCGGCUCCAAGCGCUGCGGCGCCUCCACCAUGCCCGGCGUCUACACGCGCAUGGCCGACUACGUCCACUGGGUGCUGGAUAACAUGCACGAGUGAACGACUCCUCUCCCGGAACCCUUCUUCCUUCCACCAGCAGCGUCCGUUCUACCAGUCUACUAGGUCUCAUUCACCUUUAUGCUCUCCUCAGUUUAACUGUUCUCGUCGAGAUGUCUUCCAGUCCGUAUUCUCUCAUCAGAUGUUGUACUUUGACAAAACUCCAGUUGUAAUUAGUGAAACAUUAUUAUUAACAUACACCUAUGACAUAAAUUUACACAGCAGCAAAGAAAUUUU